AUGUGCAAGAUCAUCAGGUACCGCUACACCAAGUGCUGGAGACCCGCAGAUGCGGGUGAAGACUACGACGAGCACGAUCCUAAAAACCUCUGUGAUGGCGGCGUCGACAGCCAAAAAAUACCCUGCUUCACCGAGGUCUGCAAUCAGCACGAAGAUGGCAUUCCGAGAUACCAAUACAUGUUUGGUGACUUUCUAAAUGAACCGCCAAAAUGCAACCCGACCGUGGAAAUCUGUUAUGUACCGACUUACUGUGCCUUGCAUCGUCAGCAAAUGGUUUGUGAUGGUAUUCCCGUACCAGUCGACGCAAACAUCCAUACUGAACCCGAAGCACCAUUGCCCGACUUUACGUGGCAUAUCCCCCGAGUGCCGUUGAGGGAUCCUGGCUUCCGCAUGGUGGACUGGAAUCCAGAACCACGGAGGGUGCCUCUGGACCAACCCCCUAUCAGCCCCAAGACACAGGCCACAUUCAAUCCUCAGCAAGGCGGCGUCAUCAAUGCAUUUUAUGAUCCUGAACACUGGGUUUCGGCCGAUGGGCGCCCUAUUGAUCUACUAGAGAAUCAUUACGCCGAUCCGGAUGUCAACGACUUCCCGGCCUUUCCCAGAAUCAAGGGGCCGGCUAUGCCACCGCCAGGACCACCCUCUUCGCAAGACAUACAGACUCCAGGUCCUCAAUCAGUCCAGACGGAGUCACAGCUUGCCAACUCCGAGCUGCCAUCCCAGUGCAAUGGCUUACAAGGCCAACCACAACAUAACAACCCUCAGAAUGAGCAGCAAACCCUUAGUUCAGUCACAGAGGAUACACCACUGCCGGCUCCAUCAUCAGGAUACAAGUUCGGAACCUGGCGAGAGGUGUCGAAAGUCGGGCGGUCAAGCGGGGGUUCGUCGUCAUCAGACAGCUCAGCAUCUUCACCUCAGGUUCCGGCUGGUGGCUGGCCCAAUCGAGAAUUGUCCUCCACCUCAGCUCCAGAAUCAACUGGCAAAUCACCGAUCUGGGAACCGGAUUUGCUGGCACAGCUCCAAUCCUUCUCUGGAGGAGACAAGAGCCAAACGCCGCAGCCGGUCCGUCGGCCACAGUCACCGGGCCAAAAUGCUAACCCGCAAGGUCUUGAAAGAAGUGACGACGACAAGGAAGAAGAGCAAAUGCCUCUCAAAAGACGCAAGCUCAAUUCCGGAACACCAGCCACAUCUGUUGCAAAGCGACAUGACAUGACCCUACGCAGUAGCGGCGCGGGCGCUUCGACUGCGAGGGGAACUAGCACCACUACUCCGACCAGCACGCACCGCAUGAAACUUCGGCCUCGGACACCCAGGGUCGCCCCAGCACCUACCCCUGUGCAGCCAAAUACUCCCGCGCCCAGGACAGCGACAAAGAGGAAAACCAGGACUGUCGCUAGAGCAGGGACUCGCGGCAGUGGCAUCUCCAACGCAACCGGGAAAGCCAACUCUGCCAGCAAACCGAAGCGGCCUCCUCAGAAAGCGAACAAAGUGCAAAAGAAACAGAAGAAGCAGGAAACUAAGAAGACGACGACACAAACCCGAAGACCAGCUCGGAAGCAAGUUCGAGGACAAGGGGCUGCACCGCAACAAGCAGCCACGCCCACAACCCCGUCGUCGACUUCCACAACGGGGCCCAUGACCCGGUCACGGCGCGCAGCACAGGGAGCCCAGCUCAACCCCGGAAUUGAUUGA